AUGCCUAGCUUGCAAGAGAUUUGGCAUACAGGCAACCCCGGCUGGUCUGAGUGGCUGGCGCUCACGGGAGUUUGGUGCUUCCCUCACGAGUCAUACUCCUUCUUCGAGGCCCUGCGGGAUCGCGAUGAAAAGCCUCUCGACGACGACGACGAGAUUUCAUACAACAGGGCGGUGGCGAAUUUGGCGUCGGUCGACUCGAGCUGGGUUCCUGCCAUGAGAGGGCAUGUUCUCAUCGUCAAGCACGCCCCAGAAAAGAGCGACCAGCUCCAAGACAACCUGGUCAAGACUGUACUCAACUCCGAGGCUUAUGACGUCUCGGACAGCGAAGUCGAGCACGUCCUGAACCUUGCGCGUCGCUGGUUUUACGGACAGCCUCCGCCUGCGUCUUCAGAGCACGGCUCAUUUGUUGUCUCACCGGAUUUGUGCCACCCUUUCUCGGACACGGAUGGAGCGGGUGUCAUAAAGGCUCUUCUCACUCUUCCUACAUGGCCAGCAACUCUCGCAAGCGCCGCGCGCCAGCCGCCCCAGUUUUCGUUCCGCCACCAUACGUUAUCUAUAACAGACCUCACUGGUGCUCCACCAGACGCCCCUCUUCCAACCAACAUACAUCGUGUUACCUCUGACAAUCGACGCGUCCAUACCCAAACUAUUCUGGUCCAACCAACUUCUCCAGUCAAACGCGCCCGAAUCGAACACCUCGAGCGUCAGCGCGCUUUACCGAGCCUCCUCCUGCCCGAGGAUACCGAGAGAUAUGACAUGGGCCUGGAUGGUGACGAGAGUGGCGACGACAUAGAGACAGAGGCUGGUUCUAAGACCCGCCAAACGCGACCAGCGGAUCCUUCGAUGGACGAUUGGGCCAAAAAUCACCGAGAUGCCUAUUUACGAGGCAUGUUGUGGCGCGAAGGACGAGGCCAGGAUGUGGAGAUCUGUGGGAAAUGUGGCGACCCUUCUCGCCCCGCAAUAUUCCGCUGCCUCUUCUGCCAUGGCCAGGGUGUUGUUUGUGAGACUUGUUGUCUGCACGACCAUCAUUCCAAUCCGUUGCAUUAUAUCGAGAAAUGGAAUGGCGUCUACUUCGUGAAGAGUUCUCUUCAUGAUCUCGGGUUGCACAUACAAUUUGGCCACCAUUCCAACGACACAUGCCCUUAUCCACGAGCAGGUCGGUCAGACUUCGUGGUCAUCGCUGACAAUGGCAUUCAUUCUGUCGCGGUCAACUUUUGCGGCUGUAUGGACAGCGAUCCCAAUCACCUUCAGCUGUUGAAAGGCGGUUGGUACCCUGCGACGACGGACUCCCCCCGAACGGCUGCGACAUUCACGUGUUUGGACCGGUUUCACUACCUUUCGUUGCAUGGGAAGACCACAGCCUACGACUACUAUGCCGCCUUGGAGUCCUUAACCGAUGGGACCGGGAUUAAACCUCCUGACCGAUAUGCUAUAUUCAUGCGCAUGUCUCGUCAGUAUCGACACCUGCUCCUCCUCAAAAGAAUGGGCCGAGGACAUGAUCGCUAUGGUGUAUUGGGUACUGGCCCAGGCGAACUCGCUCUUCGUUGUCCCGCGUGUCCACGACCCGGAGUCAACUUACCCGAAGGAUGGGAGAAUGCUCCUCCCGAAAAACAAUGUAUGUAUGUCAUCUUCAUUGCGCUCGAUGCCUGCUUUCGGCUCAAACGUCGGGCGAUCUCCAACGAACUCCGAGACCCUGGGCUGGGGACAGGUUGGGCUUAUAUGUUGGAAUGGCACCCUUACACUGCGGGCAAUGGAGCAUAUUCCGCCCUGGAAUAUGUUGAGAAUAUUAUGAAUAUUCCAGGCUGUAUUCAUUCCAUCUUCUAG